AACAAAAGUUGUUUUUUUUUUUGUUUUGUAGAGUAAAAAAAAUUAAUAAAAAAGAAAAAUAUACAGUGAAUGAUAAAAAAUCCAGAUGAACGUGACCAAGCACGCCUGUCGUGAUUAUCAUCAAUAUUUCCACGACGGGAAUAAUAAUCAAAAAUUAGAAAUUAAAAAUAAAUUAUUAUUCAAUUAAAUGUAAUUUUAAUAUUCAGUAUUUUAUAUUAUCAUUAAGUUAAUUCCAUAUGCCGGUGAACUCGUGAUAAGGUCUCAAUCAGAGCAUCGACUAAACCCCGGAGUCGACGACUUGGGAAAGCCAAUUGGGGCAUGACGAGAUAUUCCUUGAUGGUACUCUACUGUCUCUACACCCUCGUCGAUAUGGCAUCCCUUCACUUUUCCGAGAAAAUAUGCGAACCGGUACUUUCAACGGAGCUCGAAGAAUGGCAUAUUAAAGUUGAUAGCCUAUCGUCUCGCACAAUUCGUCUGUCGGCAAGAAAACGCGGAUACAGAUUUUUUCCUAAAAUCGAAAGGGAAAUUGAAGGCGAGGAGUAUGGCAGAAAAGAGGUAUCACUGUCAUUGAGGGAUAUUUUGCCAAUAAAUCCAAAAGCAUAUGAUAAACAUAGAGCACCAAAAUUUUAUGGACAACCAACAGUUGUUUAUUUUCAUGUCACUGUACUUAGUCUUGACUCAAUUAAUGAAGAAUCAAUGACAUACGUCGCUGACAUUUUUUUGGCUCAAAGUUGGCGUGAUUCAAGGUUGAGAUUGCCAGAAAACAUGUCAGAAGAUUAUCGAAUACUUGACGUUGAUUGGCUGCACAACAUAUGGAGACCAGAUUGUUUCUUUAAAAAUGCAAAGAAAGUUACAUUUCAUGAGAUGUCAAUACCCAAUCAUUAUCUAUGGUUAUAUCACGAUAAAACAUUACUCUACAUGUCAAAGCUAACUUUGGUCCUUUCAUGCGCAAUGAAAUUCGAGUCAUAUCCUCAUGACACACAAAUAUGUUCCAUGAUGAUUGAAAGUCUUUCACAUACAACUCAAGAUUUGGUAUUUCUUUGGAAUAUGACUGAUCCACUUGUUGUUAAUCCAGAUAUUGAAUUGCCCCAGCUUGAUAUAUCAAAUAAUUAUACAACUGAUUGCACAAUUGAAUAUUCAACUGGAAAUUUUACUUGCAUACAAAUUGUAUUUAAUUUGCGACGUAGACUUGGAUAUCAUUUGUUUCAUACAUAUAUACCAUCAGCAUUAAUUGUUGUUAUGUCAUGGAUUGCAUUUUGGAUAAAACCAGAAGCAAUACCAGCAAGAGUUACACUUGGUGUAACAUCGUUACUUACUCUUGCUACACAAAAUACUCAAUCUCAGCAAUCACUACCACCAGUGUCUUAUGUCAAAGCAAUUGACAUAUGGAUGUCUUCAUGCAGUAUAUUUGUGUUUCUUUCGUUGAUGGAAUUUGCUGUUGUUAAUAAUUAUAUGGGUCCAGUUGCAACAAAAGCAAUGAAGGGAUACUCUGAUGAAGAUCUCCGUGAAUCAAUUGAUGAAUUCAAAACACCAAUGAGACCAGAGUCAAGAAGCAGAAGUCCAACACGACCACUCAGUGUUCAGUAUGAUACUUGUUGUGCAGGAAGAGCAACUGCAAUUUACAUUGAUAAAUUAUCAAGAUUUUUUUUUCCCUUUUCAUUCUUUAUUCUAAAUGUACUUUACUGGACAACAUUUCUUUAAAAAAUUGUUGAAUAUAAAAUUAUUAAACCAUUAAUAAUGGCAAAAUAAAAAUAAUUAAAACAAUAUGCCAAGUUAACGAAAUUAAUAUUAAAAAUAAAUAUAAAUAUUAUAUCAAUUAAUUUAUUUUAAUUUUUUUCUUUUUUCAAUAAUAAUAUUAAUUAAUUUAUAAUAAUAGACAAUGCCAUGCUGUAUUGUGGCUCAUGUUUUUACGUCAAAUAUUAUUGUUAUAUUAUUAUAAUUUGAUUUUUAAGAAUUAUUCAUGUUUAAAUCUUGAAAUAUUUAAAAUAAUAAAUUGAAUUUUUAAUUCA